AUGGCAGCUGGGAAGACGUGCGUCAGGAGGAGCACAACGGAAACUCCUGAGUGGACAGGAUUGUUCCUGAAUGAACUGAAAACCGAGCAAGAGUCCCUUGUUUUCGUCAAGAGGAUGAUGGCCUUGGCAGUCUCCUCCAUCACCUACCUCAGAGGGAUUUUUCCAGAGGAUGCCUACAGAUCCAGAUAUCUGGAAGAUUUGUGCAUCAAAGUUUUGCGUGAAGACUGCAAGACCUCAGGUGCCAGUAAAGUUGUAAAAUGGAUGAUGGGCUGUUUCGAUGCAUUAGAGAAGCAUUAUCUCCAGAUUGUGUUCAUUGGGGUGUACACCAAUCCAGAUGAACCCAAUUGCAUUAUUGAAUCCUACCAGUUCAAAUUCAAGUACACUGCGAAGGGCCCAGAGAUGGACAUACUCAGGAACGACCACACGGAGAUGCAGGUGACACUGGAGGACACCAAGAGAGCAUCGGUGCUGCUCAUCAGGAAGCUCUUCCUGCUCAUGCAAAACCUGGACGCCCUCCCCAGCAAUGUCUACCUCACCAUGAAGCUCUACUACUACGAUGACAUCACCCCUGCUGACUACCAACCACCAGGCUUCAGGGAGGGCCACUGUGACAGCCUCUGGUUUGAAGGCCUGGCUGUGCACUUCACGGUGGGUGAGGUGCAGACGGCCUUCCACACCUUGAGAGUGCGCGUGUCAGCGGAACAAGGCCGGCUGGAGAAGCUUCAAGAAGGGAACCACCUGAAGGAGACCAAGCCGGCUUCUCAGAGAAAUCCUCCAGAGAGGGAGGUGAUCGAGGACCCACAUAAAUAUGAAGAAAAGGAUGUACCCUCUGAAGAUGAGUCUGCACAGUUCAAGAAACCGACAAGACCCCUGGCAAAGAGAAAUGCACCUGCCAAAAAUCUGAGGAGGAAGAAAAGGAUUUAG